UUAUGUACAAUUCUUUAAAUGUUUAAAUGUUUUAUUCAUACAAAUUAUAGGUCUAUUUCACGAAUCUCCCUGGACUUUCAAUUGCAAUUUGUUUGGCUCAGCUCGACCUUUGAAAUUAUUCCUACUUAAUAUGUGGAAAACUUUGAGGCCGACAUAUUGAGGUGUUUGCUGCUUUUUAAACGAGUCCGCAAAUUUGUCAUAUUCGCCCUGCCUGCAAGUAAUUAUGUAUUAUAAUUGAUUUAUUGAUUAUAAUAGUAAAAUGGUUUGACUUACCAGCUGAGAUUGACAUCAAAUGUUCUUAACAUUUGAGGUGGCGGCAAGUUCUCGUCAUCGGAAACCAAGUUUACCUAUAAAAAUAAAAUAAUUAUGUAUAUGAUUUAUUUGCCACGGUCGAAUUGCUGACGGGUCAUCGUUUAGCGUUUGGACGCUGGCAGUGGCCCAGUGGUAGUCGCCCUGGAUGCUUCGAGGCUCCCAAAAUGGCCUCGCCGUGAAUUGCCGGCCAGCAUGGAGUCUGCUUGGCCAUCGUCUUGGGUGCGAGCAGUGGUUUGGGCAGCGGAUGGAGCAUCUGACUACUGGAGUACGCAGCCGUCGCCGAGUCUGAAAAAUGGAAUCUCGCAAUGAGGCGACUUACAAUGCUGGCAAUGGCGGCCCAUCCUAAGAUUAGGAGGUUUGCUGCCGCCACUGCUGGGCUUUGUGUAUUUCGCUGGCGUCUCUGCUUGCAUCUGGACUUUUUCUCGGCUAUGUGCGCUGUAUGCCAUGCCUCAGCAGGCGGAUCUUCAUCGUCCAGCAGCCACUCCAAGCGCCUGCUCACCAGCUCCAGGCCGUUUUCAAGCGUCUCGUUUGCAGUUGCCGGCACCAAAAGUGGACGUGACACCUUGUGAUGGGUGGCUGCCCUCUGAUGAUAUCCAAAGCAUCACAUCUGGCGAGGAGGCCAUCUCUCAAGCGUUUUCGAAGCGUAUUUAUGGUCGAUUCGCAGAAACGUUCUGGCAGCUUUCUGCGCAGAAUUUGCUGCUCCUCCGCUGUGAUGUCCGGCAGUACCAGUUUUUGUAUUUGCACUGGCUGGCCACGUAUGUGAUCCAUAAUCUGCUGUCUGUAUAUCAGUUUGUCGCCGCCGCUGUGCAAGAUCGCGUUCUCGUUCCUCGUUCGCUUUAGCUUCAUUAUACUCCUCUUGUAUGCGAAUCAGUGUUGGUAAUAAAGGCCGAAUCUGUUUUCUCAAAAUUUGC